AACCCGUUUGCUAUGAAACGCACAGUAAGCUUGUUAAAAGAAAAAAAAACGGAUUUGUUGGGAUCCAAUGGAUCGUCCCUCCGCGAAUGCUCUUAGAUCGAGUUUUUUGACGAUUGGGGAGAGGCUAUGCGCGGCGUUCAUCCCGUUCAUAGCCAUCGUGGAGGCGCUCGUCUACGUCGUCACGGAUUGCUUCGACCACCGCCCCACGGCGGCCCUCGCCCGCCGCUCUCGCAAGAUGACCUUCCGUGACCUCGCCCGCCUCGCCGCCGACUCCCGUUUCUUUACGGUGAACGAGGUGGAAGCGUUGUACGAGCUGUACAAGAAGUUGAGCAGCUCCAUCAUUGACGACGGACUCAUCCACAAGGAAGAACUUCAGCUAGCACUUUUCAAGACUCCAUCUGGGGAAAAUCUUUUUCUUGAUCGAGUUUUUGAUCUUUUUGAUGAAAAGAAAAUCGGUGUUAUUGGAUUUGAGGAGUUUAUCCAUUCACUCAGUGUCUUCCAUCCAGAUGCUCCUCUGGAUGACAAAAUUGACUUUGUUUUCAGGUUAUAUGAUUUGAGACAAAGUGGGUACAUUGAGCGGGAAGAAGUUAAGCAAAUGGUGCUUGCUAUCAUGAUAGAGUCAGAUAUAAAAUUGUCAGAUGACCUUCUUGAAGCCAUAAUAGAUAAGACUUUUGCAGAUGCUGAUGCCGACAGGGAUGGUAAAAUUAACAAAGAGGAAUGGAAGGAGUUUGUCAUGCGACACCCUUCUCUUUUGAAGAAUAUGACUCUUCCUUAUUUGAAGGACAUCACCACGGUGUUCCCUAGUUUUGUCUUCAACACUGGGGUGGAAGAUUAAAUCAAGGUGACAGAAAUCUUGAGUGCAACGAAGAGUAUGGAUGACCAUCAUGGAAGGCGUUGGGCGGCAUCGAAGAUGGGCUUUCACCCUCGAUAAGCUAUUGAUAAAAAUCAAAGAACUGCCCUUUGUCAUAAUUUGUGAUGGACUUUUUUUUACGUUGCAUUUAUCAGCUUUGACAGAAAGUGAGAGAAUGAUAUUUAUCCAGAAAUUGAUGGAAAAAAGCUCAAGUGGCCUUUCUGGCCUUCUCCACCGCCGUCCGCUAAUCCCAUCCUUCUCCUAGGUGAUCCAUAAAAGGAGAGGAAAUGGCCUAGACAAGGGUAGAACAUA